AUGCGAACCCAACCCAGCAAUGACGGGAAUGUGCUGUUCGAACGUAGAAGUUUAUCGUCGGUCUAUUUUUAUUGCCCUUUCAUAGCACGAAGUAGGCAUUGUGAUCCGCCCUGUUUAUAACUACUUCCUGAAAACAGAGAUGCAAGGGAGCUUAUUACUGCACGGUCGUUUGUAACUGUCUGUCUUGCUGGAGUGACAAGUUGUUUAGCUGUCCGGCUUUGCCUCCUAAAGUCACCCGACAUUCGGACUCAGCAGUGUUAACCCAGCCUAGUGUCGUGAGCGUGUGACCUGUCCAGGGAGACAGAGGUUCGCAGCCCGGCUUAGGACUUCACCACGCUCCAGCAUCCAUCUAGAGGAGAACUGAACCAUGAGCUAUCCGGGUUACCCUCCACAAGGUGGAUACCCACCUCUACCUCCAGGUGGUGCAAAUCCAUGGGGUGGAGGACCCACCAGUUAUCCGCCUGUCAAUACUCUUGCCAUCGGACUGGAUAAUUUGAAUCUCAAUCCCCCGUACAUGUAUCCUUACUAUGCUGGAAACCCCCCACCAGGUUCAUACCCUCCUUCGGGACCUGGAGGUUACCCACCUGCUCCUGGCUAUGGUGCACCCCCUGGAGGAUAUGGAGCCCCACCUGGAGGAUAUGGAGCCCCACCUGGUCAACAACCACCUGGAGGAUAUGGAGCCCAACCUGGUCAACAACCACCUGGUGGAUAUGGAGCCCCACCUGGUCAACAACCACCUGGUGGAUAUGGAGCCCCACCUGGUCAACAACCACCUGGAGGAUAUGGGCCCCCACCAGGACAACAACCACCUGGGUGUUACGGGGCCCCACCUGGACAGCAGCCGGGUUACGGAAUGUAUCCACAACCUGGAGGAAAUCCACCAGGAGUGCAAGCUUAUCCAGGAUAUCCUGGAGCCCCUGGUCAGACAGCACCAGUUCCAGGACAGCAGCCUGCUCCAAGUUACCCAUCAGGCCCAGCAGUUAAUCCUUCAAUGCCAGCAUACCCACAAGGUGCACCUGUAGCUCUUUCUUUAAAGGCUUUAAAAGGAGGCACCAUUCGCGAUGCACCAGGUUUCGACCCUCUUAAGGAUGCCGAAGUGUUGAGAAAGGCAAUGAAAGGCUUUGGAACUGAUGAACAAGCCAUUAUUGAAUGUCUUGGAAGUCGUUCCAACAAACAGCGGCAAAAAAUUAUGCUGUCCUUCAAAACUGCCUAUGGAAAGGAUUUGAUUAAGGAUCUGAAAUCAGAGGUUUCUGGUAACUUUGAGAAGACCAUCCUGGCCAUGAUGAAGACCCCUACUCAGUUUGAUGCCUCUGAGAUGUAUGAAUCUAUAAAGGGUGCUGGUACAGAUGAAGCCUGUCUUAUUGAGAUCCUGUCCUCUCGGACAAAUGCAGAGAUCAAAGAAAUAUGCACGAUCUACAAAUCAGAAUAUAAAAAGACUCUGGAAGAGCACAUAAGAAAAGAUACAUCGGGACACUUUCAGCGAUUGUUGGUGUCACUUGUUCAGGGGAACAGGGAUGAGAGUGCGAACGUGGACAUAACGCUUGUAAAACGAGAUGCUCAGGAGCUGUACGCUGCUGGAGAACUGAAGGUGGGAACAGAUGAAUCAAAGUUUAAUGCAAUCCUUUGUUCAAGAAGCAAGCCUCACCUAAGAGCAGUGUUUGAGGAGUAUAGAAGCAUGACGGGCCGAGAAAUAGAGAAGAGUAUCUGUCGUGAGAUGUCUGGGGACCUGGAAAGUGGCAUGGUUGCCGUGGUGAAAUGUGUCCGAAACACUCCUGCCUACUUUGCAGAAAGACUGAAUAAAGCAAUGCGGGGUGCAGGGACAAAGGACAGAACACUGAUUCGGAUCAUGGUGUCUCGUAGUGAGAUAGAUAUGCUUGACAUACGUGAGGAGUACAAGAGAAUGUAUGGCAAAUCGCUGUAUACGGACAUUUCUGGUGAUACCUCAGGGGACUAUAAGAAGAUGCUUCUGAAGAUCUGUGGAGGAAAUGACUAAGCUGAUGGCCUGUUUGGCUAUGUAUCCUGCAUUAAUCCAUCAGUGUCUCUGCUGUAGCCUGAGAUGUGUACUCCUUUAGAAUAGCCCACAAGAUGAUGUCUACUUUCUGUUGUGGUUGCUAAAAUUGCAUGAUUGUGUCUGUUCUUUUAAAGAACAUUUUAAAAUAUAGGUAUAAAGCAGUCUUUAUAUAAAUGCUUACUUUUAUAAAAACAGAAUGUAUAAUUAUUAAAUGUAAAUGUAUGUUAUCCGGUGCUGAACUAUAUACUUCACUCAGGUCCACAGAUGACGAGUUCUGUUCAGAUCCAUUUAUUUUUAGAUGUAGCAGUCAUGAUGCCAAAGAUUUUGUAUCAAGAGGACUGCCUUAAAACUCUGUAAAUCCUAAGGGCUCCUAAAAUGACACUGUACUCUGCCAUCAGUUCUUCCUUUGUUCAGUGGUGCCUCUCAAAUACAGAAUGUAACAAGCCAUAACUGAUUAAAGAAUAAAUCAAUUUAUAUUACA